CGGAAGCGGCCGACAGAGGCGGCCUCGUGGAGGAGACGGCGGCAUGGGACAGUCCGGGCGGUCCCGGCACCAGAAGCGCGCGCGCGCCCAGGCGCAGCUCCGCAACCUCGAGGCCUAUGCCGCGCAGCCGCACUCGUUCGUGUUCACGCGGGGCUGCGCGGGUCACAGCAUCCGGCAGCUCAGCCUGGACUUGCGGCGGGUCAUGGAGCCACUCACCGCCACCCGCCUGCAGGUUCGUAAAAAGAACUCACUGAAGGACUGUAUAGCGGUGGCUGGACCUCUUGGGGUCACACACUUCUUGAUCUUGAGCAAAACAGAGACCAAUGUCUACUUUAAGCUGAUGCGCCUCCCAGGAGGCCCCACCUUGACCUUCCAGGUUAACAAGUACACACUGGUGCGUGAUGUGGUCUCCUCACUGCGCCGGCACCGCAUGCACGAACAGCAGUUUGUCCACCCCCCACUCCUGGUGCUCAACAGCUUCGGCCCCCACGGCAUGCACGUGAAGCUCAUGGCCACCAUGUUCCAGAACCUGUUCCCCUCCAUCAACGUGCAUAAGGUCAACCUGAACACCAUCAAGCGCUGCCUUCUCGUCAACUACAACCCUGAGUCGCAGGAGCUGGACUUCCGCCAUUAUAGCAUCAAAGUCGUUCCUGUGGGAGCAAGUCGUGGCAUGAAGAAGCUCCUCCAGGAGAAGUUCCCCAACAUGAGUCGCCUGCAGGACAUCAGCGAGCUGCUGGCCACGGGUGCGGGGCUGUCAGAGAGCGAGGCGGAGCCCGAUGGUGAGCACAACAUCACUGAGCUACCCCAGGCGGUCGCGGGACGUGGCAACAUGCAGGCCCAGCAGAGCGCCGUGCGGCUCACGGAGAUUGGUCCUCGGAUGACACUGCAGCUCAUCAAGAUUCAGGACGGCCUCGGGGAGGGCAAAGUGGUGUUCCAUCGCUUCGUGCACAAGACGGAGGAGGAGCUCCAGGCCAUGCUGGCUGCCAAGGAGCAUAAGCUGCAACUCAAGGCCCAGAGACAGGCCCAGCAGGCCGAGAACGUGCAGCGCAAACAGGAGCAGCGUGAGGCCCACAGGAAGAAGAGCCUGGAGGGCAUGAGGAAGAAACGGGCCAAGGCCGACGGAGACAGUGAUGCCGAGGACCCUGGGACCUCUCUGGAGGACAACCAGAGGGAGGAGGAGGAGGAUGAAGCCGAGUAUUUCCGCCAGGCCGUGGGCGAGGAGCCUGAUGAGGACAUGUUCCCCAUGGCGGCCAAGCGGAGACGACACACCUGGUCUUCGGGCAGGCCACAGCGGGGACGGGACCGAGGCAAGGGUGCCAAGCCGUGCCCAGCCAACUUCUCGGCGGCUGCCGACCGCAUCCUCAGUAGGUUCCAGGGGGACUUCCUGUGGCCCGUGCUGGUGGCCGAGUUCCUGGUGGCUGUAGUUGCCAAUGGCCUGGCCCUGUACCGCUUCGGCACGCGGGAGCAGCGCCCAUGGCAUCCGGCUGUGGUCUUCUCUGCCCAGCUUGCGGUCAGUGACCUGCUCUGUGCCCUGACGCUGCCCCCGCUGGCCGCCUACUUGUACCCGCCCAAGCACUGGCGCUACGGGGAGGCCGCGUGCCGCCUGGAGCGCUUCCUCUUCACCUGCAACCUUCUGGGCAGCGUCAUCUUCAUCACCUGCAUCAGCCUCAACCGCUACCUGGGCAUCGUGCACCCGUUCUUCACCCGCAGCCACCUGCAGCCCAAGCACGCCUGGGCCCUCAGCACCGCGGGCUGGGUCCUGGCAGCCCUGCUGGCCGCGCCCACCCUGAGCUUCUCCCACCUGAAGAGGCCGCAGCAGGAGGUGGCCAGGUGCAGCGUGGCCAAUCCCGAGGCCUGCAUCAAGUGCCUGGGGACGGCGGACGAACUCCGGCUUGAGGCCUACAGGGCCUACAGCCUGGCGCUGGCGGGGCUGGGCUGCGGCCUGCCUCUGCUGCUCAGCCUGGCGGCCUACAGCGCCCUCGGGUGUGCCGUGCUGCGCAGCCCUGGCAUGACCGCGGCCGAGAAGCUGCGUGUGGUAGUGCUGGUGGCCAGCGGUGUGGCCCUCUAUGCCAGCUCCUAUGUGCCCUACCACAUCACGCAGGUGCUCAAUACGGAUGCCCGGCGGCGCUGGCGUGCCCGCUGCCCGGGCUUUGCGGACGUGGCGCAGGCCGAGGCGGCCCUGGAGCUGGGGCCCUACCUGGGCUACCAGGUGAUGCGGGGCCUCAUGCCCUUGGCCUUCUGCAUCCACCCGCUGCUCUACAUGGCCGUGGCGCCCAGCCUGGGCUGCUGCCGCCAGCGCCGCCCCAGCUGUGGCAGGGGCAGGAACCCAGAAGACGCCAAGAGCACCGGCCAAGCCCUGGCCCUUGAUGUCACAGCCACCUCCAAGAGCUCAGAGCCCCAGUCCCCCGAGCUGAGCCCAUGACCUGGCCUAUUUUGAGCUUCCUCCUCACUGCAAGGUGUUGGGACCAUGAAGUGCCACAGAACCAGGAUCGCAGCGGGUCCCUGGCCCCAAGGUGCCAACAGGCCCCACCUGCCACUUCCUCCCCCACAGCAACCUGUGGUCACCGCCAGGGCAGGACCAGCUCAAGCCCAGGCCGGAGCGG